AGCCGGGCUCGGCCGCCCCGCACCACCUUGCCGCGCCCCGCGGCUCCCGGGGGCUCGGGGCGCGGGGAGGAGGAGCGGCACCGCCCCCGGGCUAUUUAACCCCAGGCUGGAGCCCGCGGGGCGCCGGACGCCGCCGCCGCCGCUCUCCGCGCGCACCGCCCCUGCGUCCCCCGCGCUCCCCGCCGGCGCGCCCCACCCUCGGGCCGGCAAUCGCGGGGCGCCGGGCGCCGCCGCUGCCCAGCCGCCCCAAGCGGCCCGGGGGUCCACGCCGGGACAGCCGCCCGCAGCAUGGACUCGGACUCGGGCGAGCAGAGCGAGGGCGAGCCGGUGACCGCCGCAGGCCCCGAUGCGUUCAGCUCCAAGAGCCUUGCCCUCCAGGCCCAGAAGAAGAUUCUCAGCAAGAUCGCCAGCAAGACCGUGGCCAACAUGUUGAUCGAUGACACGAGCAGCGAGAUCUUCGAUGAGCUCUACAAGGUGACCCGGGAGCACACGCACAGCAAGAAGGAAGCCCACAAGAUCAUGAAGGACUUGAUCAAGGUGGCGGUCAAGAUCGGGGUCCUCUAUCGCCACAACCAGUUCAGCCCAGAGGAGGUGGUGAUCGUGGAGAAGUUCCGGAAGAAGCUGAACCAGACGGCCAUGACCAUGGUCAGCUUCUACGAGGUGGAGUACACCUUCGACAGGAACGUGCUCUCGCAGCUGCUGCACGAGUGCCAGGACCUGGUGCACGAACUGGUGCGGCGCCACCUGACGCCCCGCACCCACGGGCGCAUCAACCAUGUCUUCGACCACUUUGCUGACGUGGGUUUCCUGUCCACCCUCUACAGCCUGGAGGGAGACUGCAGGCCCAGCCUCAAGAGGAUUUGUGAGGGAAUCAAUAAACUGCUCGAUGAGAAAAUCCUCUGAAUGCCUUCCCUCCCCCCACCCCACCCGCUGUGUUCCAGUUGCAGCGCCCCUGCAAGGUCUGGGUGAGACUGAAGGAGGAGGAGGAGGUGGAGGAGGAGGAGGAAGCCUAUGACAGGGGCCUUGUGUUCUGUCCUAUUUGUCCCUCUGAUGUUGCUGCCCAUUGGGCCCAGGAGUCUCCUGAGUUCGCUGAUGAUUGUCUGUGCCGACAAUCACCUGUGUCUGUGCAUUCGUGGGAUGUUCCAUCCGUCCAGGCCAGAGAGGCUGCCCUGCUCCUGGUCACAUCCUCGAGCUGGGUCAGAGGACACGGAUGAGGUCUGCGGCUUCGGGGUCAGCAGAGACAGACAGUGGCGGCCACAGAGCGCUCUUGCCUAAGGGCUUCACCAUUUUCUCUCCCCAGGGCGAGAGGUCAGCCUGGCUCAGAGAGGAAAACAGCUGUCUCGCGGGCUGGGCUUGCGUCUGUCUCCGGCCGUGCUGUUUCCCAACUAAUAAGGAAUCCAAAGGUGUGAAACUAUAGCUGCUGCACACUGGGAAAACAUGCAUUUCCAGGACCACGAUUUUUUUCCCCCCAGGACUCUGAUGUGCAGGCUCCUGCAGAGAGGAGCUUUCAGGGACAGCAGGGUGAGGGAGCAGAGACAGGAUGACCCCCAAGAGCAGGCGUGGAGAAGCACCGUCUAAACUCUCCCCCAUCUUCCUCCAGUUCCAGAGCCAUGGGGAGGGUCAGCAGAAUGGGCCCCUAUCUGUGUUUCUUGGCCUUUCAUUGUGUACUGUUUUCUCUGAUUCAUUAAAUAAACUGAAUCGACCCUUCA